UGGCUGGGGCGGGGGGAGGGGGGCCCAGGCAGGUGGGGCGGCAAGCGAUGAGUCCUCGGCGCCUCCUCCGCCUCCCGCGGGCCCCGCUCUCUGCCUCCCGCUCCGACGCCCGGAUGAUCUGAGCCGCGAGGGCUCCGAGAGCCGGGGGCCCGGACCCAGCCCGGCUCCUCCCCUCCUCCGCCCGGGCCCGGCCGCCGCCGCUGCGGGACCCCGUGCCCGGCCGCCGUCGCCACCGCCGCCCCGGCCGACCGAGGGACCCGCCCGCCCCGCGGCUGCUCCCGACCUAGAGGAUCAAGUCAUAAUGGGAGCAUUUUUGGACAAGCCAAAGAUGGAGAAGCACACGGCCCAGGGCCAGGGGAACGGGCUGCGGUACGGCCUCAGCAGCAUGCAGGGCUGGCGAGUGGAGAUGGAGGACGCACACACGGCUGUCAUCGGUUUGCCGAGUGGACUUGAGACAUGGUCGUUCUUUGCUGUAUAUGAUGGGCAUGCUGGUUCUCAGGUUGCCAAAUACUGCUGUGAGCAUUUGUUAGAUCACAUCACCAAUAACCAGGAUUUUAAAGGUUCUGCAGGAGCACCUUCUGUGGAAAAUGUAAAGAAUGGAAUCAGAACAGGUUUUUUGGAGAUUGAUGAACACAUGAGAGUUAUGUCAGAGAAGAAACAUGGUGCAGAUAGAAGCGGGUCAACAGCUGUGGGUGUCUUAAUUUCUCCCCAACAUACUUAUUUCAUUAACUGUGGAGACUCGAGAGGUUUACUUUGUAGGAACAGGAAAGUUCACUUCUUCACACAAGACCACAAGCCAAGUAAUCCGCUGGAAAAAGAACGAAUUCAGAAUGCAGGGGGUUCUGUGAUGAUCCAGCGUGUCAACGGCUCCCUGGCUGUGUCAAGGGCCCUUGGGGAUUUUGAUUACAAAUGUGUCCAUGGAAAAGGUCCCACAGAGCAGCUCGUCUCCCCAGAGCCUGAAGUCCAUGAUAUCGAAAGAUCUGAAGACGAUGAUCAGUUCAUUAUUCUUGCAUGUGAUGGUAUCUGGGAUGUCAUGGGAAACGAAGAGCUCUGUGACUUUGUGAGAUCCAGACUUGAGGUCACUGAUGACCUUGAGAAAGUUUGCAAUGAAGUAGUCGACACCUGUUUAUACAAGGGAAGUCGAGACAACAUGAGUGUGAUUUUGAUCUGUUUCCCAAAUGCACCUAAAGUCUCAGCAGAAGCGGUGAAGAAGGAGGCCGAGCUGGAUGAGUUCCUGGAAUGCAGAGUAGAAGAAAUCAUAAAGAAGCAGGGGGAAGGCGUCCCUGACUUAGUCCACGUGAUGCGCACCUUAGCCAGUGAGAACAUCCCCAGCCUCCCACCCGGGGGGGAGCUGGCAAGCAAGCGGAAUGUAAUUGAAGCCGUUUACAAUAGACUGAAUCCUUACAAAAAUGAUGACACUGAUUCUACAUCAACUGAUGACAUGUGGUAAAGCUGCUCGUCCAGCCAGGGAGGUACAGCUCGACUUCGCCGAACCUCUUACAUCCAUCACCAACUUUAAGGAAGGGUACGACGUGAUGUGGGUGAGGGACUCCAGCUUCAGCGGUGGAACAGCUAGCCCAGAAUGGAUUUUUUUUAUUGUAAAUUUGAGACUUAUGUAAACGUGAUUUCAAAUCGUAAUUCAUGUUGUAAAUCAGACUCCAGCAAUUUUUGUUGUAUGAUUUUGGUUUUUGUAAAGUGUAAUUGUCCUUGUACAAAGUGCUCAUAUUUAAUUAUGAACUGCUUUACAAAUCACUGUCAAUGAUAGAGGAGAUGUCAGCUUGUUGUGUGACACAACAGAUGUAGUCAUGCUGUGUUUGGACUUGGGGUGGGAUAGGGAGAGCAGCAGCCACAUACCUAGACGCUCAUGUGCACGUGACUGUGAGGAAGUCCAAACGCUUCCAAAGCUGUACAUCCAGGGAGUAUGGAAAGCUGUCUCUGUGUUCUGGCAAGGGACUGGCUUGUUGAUAAAGCCGAUCCUUCUUACAUGUCUAUGAUGUCCUCUCCUUGUAGCCGAAGUAUUGCAGCUGAUACCAUAUAUACGGGAGAGUACCAAUUUUGGGCUAAAAUGCCUUGAUUCUUUGCACCUCUUUAUGAGUCCUUACAUUUAAUUACUAAUUGGUAAGCAGCAACUUCCUACACAGUAGGAAACUGCCACAUUUUUUUCCUAUCAUGAUUGGCUGGGCUUGCUGCUGUUCCUAGUAAGAUACUCCGAAUUCCAUUUUAUCAAUAAAGCUUGGUUUAACAAACAA